GGCUGGAAUGCCAAAAUGCUGGAGGGAUCACGUGGAAGGACGAGGUUCGCCGGACGAGCUGCGGCCCUUCGCUGCCCAGAGGGGCCCCGCGGGACCGGGGCUUGGUGUGCUGGGCGCUUGGCACCUUUUUGGGCAUACAUCCUGGGUGCUCUAGGACUUUUUAUCUACCAGUCUUUGGAUGCCAUUGAUGGGAAGCAAGCCAGAAGAACAAACAGUAGUUCUCCUCUUGGAGAACUCUUUGAUCAUGGUUGCGACUCUAUUUCCACAGUAUUUGUUGUCCUUGGAUCCUGCAUAGCAAUCCGACUAGGAACAAAUCCUGACUGGUUGUUUUUCUGUUGUUUUGUGGGACUGUUCAUGUUCUAUUCUGCUCACUGGCAGACAUACGUAUCAGGCAUGCUAAGGUUUGGAAAAAUUGAUGUAACUGAAGUUCAGAUUGCCAUAACAAUGCUGCUCUUGAUAUCUGCCUAUGGAGGAGCAGCAAUAUGGGACUAUAAGGUCCCUUUGCUGGGCUUAGAACUGAAGUUCUUUGCCGUUGUUGGCAUCCUGUGUGGAACAGCACUUUCUUUUUUCAAUUACUUCCGUGUUAUCUUUGGUGGAGGGGUUGGAAAGAAUGGAUCUACAAUAGCAGGAACAAGUGUUCUUUCACCAGGCCUGCACAUUGGACUGCUAAUCGCUCUGGCCAUUACAAUUUAUAAAAAGUCUACAACUCAGCUGUUUGAAAAACAUUCUUGCCUGUAUGUCUUGACAUUUGGGCUUGUGAAUGCCAAAAUCUCACAGAAGCUGGUGGUGGCUCACAUGACAAAAAGUGAAAUUUCUCUUCAGGAUUCUGCAUUUAUUGGGCCAGGACUUCUGUUUUUGGACCAGUACUUCAACAGUUUCAUUGAUGAAUAUAUUGUUCUGUGGAUAGCAUUGUUCAUAUCCUUGUUUGAUAUGCUGAGAUAUGCCUGUGGUGUAUGCCUACAGAUUGCCGCUCAUCUUCAUAUACAUGUCUUCAGAAUUUCAUCUCAUCAAGCUCCUGAGCAGGUACAUGUUGCUUCUCCACUGAGCCAUCAGAAUAACAUGGACUGAAGAGACUUGCGAACAGUUGCCAUCUCCUGCUGUUGCUGUCACAAGAAAAGGAGAUAAUGCUGAACAAAUGCUGUAUCAAUAUGACUCCUUUGAAUUAAAUUAAUGUCAAAUA